CUGUUUGGUUUCGAUUCUGAGAUAGCAAAUGGCGUCGGAGGACAGGAAAAAGAGUCGAACCGGAGGAAUCCGUACACUUUCCGAUCUGAACCGGAGGUCUGCGGACUCGGACAGUGACUCCGAUGGCCCUCCGGAGUACUACACUGGUGGCGAGAAAAGUGGAAUGCUUGUCCAGGAUCCUACGAAGGAUAACGACGUGGAUUCCAUUUUUGAUCAAGCAAGGGAGUUAGGAGCCACAGAGGGGCCUUUUGAUCCUUCUAGUGCAUCUUCAAGCUCAAGAAGCUUUGCUGGAACUGGUAGAUUACUCUCUGGGGAAACUGUACAACCUACUCCUGCGCAGCCCGAGACUGUUGUUCACAACAUCAUUUUCUGGUCUAACGGUUUCACUAUAAACGAUGGCCCCUUAAGGCGGCUGGACGAUCCUGAAAAUGCAUCUUUCUUAGAGAGCAUCAAAAAGUCUGAAUGUCCAAAAGAGUUGGAGCCUGCAGAUAGAAGUACCUCAGUUCAUGUCAAUCUAAUAAGGAGGAAUGAGAAGUGCCCAGAACCGGUGAAGCGACAUAUUCCAUUUCAGGGUGUGGGAAGAACUCUGGGUGGCAGCUCUACUCCAGCAGCAUCUGAGCCAACGACUGCAUCGACUUCUCUUAACACUGCUCCAACCCCCUCUGCGGGCUUGGUUGUGGAUGAAAAGUUGCCGUCAACAUCAGUUCAACUUAGGUUGGCUGAUGGGACCCGUAUAGUUGGACAUUUUAACUACCAUCAUACCAUCAAUGACAUUCGUGGCUUCAUUGAUACAUCUAGGCCUGACGGUCCAAGGAAUUAUCACCUGCAGAUUAUGGGGUUCCCUCCCAAGCUCCUCAAUGAUCCGAGUCAAACAAUUGAGCAGGCAGGCCUCGCCAGUUCGGUUGUGAUCCAGAAAUUAUAGCCGGCUGGACCAUGACAUAUGCUGUUUGUCCGUUAGCAAUAUAUGUACCAGGUAUUAAGAACUUGAACCUGUACUGUUUAAUCCAUAUGUACAUUGUAUUUCAAGAUGUGGGUCUGACUGUAAAAUACGUUUGGAAACUAUAAAGCAUCGUCGUUCAAUUUGAAGAACUAAAUACUAAGGCAAUGGGGAGAAUUUCUGUCGGCGUUGGCAUCCGGCAAGCAAUUUUCAUAUCA